AUGGUGUUUGCUCGCCCACUCGCCAAAGCACGGCCACUGUCGACGAACGGGGACGGCACUAUCUCCUUGUCAUCGGAUUCUGGGCAGGCGGCUUGUCAGUCGCCGCGCGGGUCCAAGCGCAAGCGGCCCCGCACCAGCCGACGGGACCAACAGACUCUUUGUCGAGGAUUACCCGGGCAGGCUUGUCGCUAUGCUGCCGAUGGAUCUGGUUCGCCGGCGCGAGGCAUGCAUGCGCAUCUGUGCAUCUUCUGCAGCCCGGUGGCUAUGGCGAAAACUCUUGAAACACCAACAGGCCGUGGUAGCAUAGUUCGGCUUCUGAAGCAAUGGAGGAUUAAGGCGCCCGCUAUCUUCGAGGAGGCCUUUGCCAACAGCGCCUUGACGUCGGCUCCUGAUGCUGUCCGUCAACAACUGCGUGCCUCAGCAGAACGUCCUGUACGGACAGGAGCUCGGGCCACCGCCGCAAGCCGCAUGAGCCAGGACGCAGCACUCAGUUGGCGGCAGUCCGUGGUUGCGGCUCCGACCACGGCUCAACUGCAGGAGUACCGUGAGGGGGUGGCGGACGACCGGGCUUAUGCGCGGCGCAAGUUCUUUCCACAAAGAGAUCGCCUCGUUCGCCAUGCCAAUUUCCGGUGGCGAAACCCUAUGAGUCCGGACUUGCUGACACAGGUCCAUGAUCUCGCCCCCAACGACACGGGCUUGCCUGCCGCCCGCGUGAGUGCGACGGCCACAUCUCUGGAGACCUGGUGCAAGCAACAUUCCUGGAAAGUGUGCUCGUGCUGCGGAAGUGUGCAGCCUCGGCAUCUCAAGGAAGCAGAUCUCAGCGAGAAGGCGCCCACCGCGCUGGCCAGAUGCAAAAACUGCAGCAAGCCCGAAGCGGCGCGACUCUGGGUGCCCUCAUCAGACGAGGUGCCAAUCCCCUUGCGAGGGCUGUCUCGCGAGGUCCUGCUUGCUUUGCGGCCCCUGGACAUCGAUUGCGGGCCGGAGUGGAAAGCAGACUACGGGUAUUUCUUCCACAGCACGAUGAUCAGACUCUCCUGGUCCGAGUCGGACGUGCUGGACAAGAUCCGAGCCUUGGACAACACCAGCCGUAAGAAGGCUCAGAAGGCAUUCAAGUGGCUCCUGGCCAGCGACGACUCCUACUACUCGGCUUUCCUUGUGCGACAUCGCCGCUUUCUCCGCGAAUACCCCUCUGCAGACUCCGAUAGGCGAAAACGACCGCUGCGGUUCAUAGAAGAAGAUGCCGUGGAGUGUUGUUUGUGGCCACACCUGUAUUGGGAUCGGUGCCUCUGCGAGACGUCGGCGAGACUCGCAGACGUCCGCCGCCAGAGCCGGGCACAGGCAUGUCGGGCUGACGCCGGCGACUCCGAUGAGGCAGAGGACGAACUGGAGGAAGCCACGCGGCAGAGCCUGCGACGAUCUUUCCUUGCGAAGGCAAUGGGCCCCAUCGCGGAUUAUGCCGGGGAUCACGAGCUGCUGCACUUUGUCUUCGACCUCUACAUGUGGUCCGAUGUCGGGGGUAAGAAAGGUGCUUUGCAUGGGAUGCCGAUGUGGCGAGCGCUGAAAGGAGCGCCAUGGACGCCCCAAUAUUGGAAAGUUCGGCACGCUGCUGCGCUCGACAUGCAAGCGCAGUGCGGCUUCCCGGUGGCCUUCUUCACUUGGGCCCCAUUCGAGUGGUCCGCACCAUAUCAUCAAUGGAUUUUACGCCAGAUGGAGCAUCUUGGACGACAUCGUCUCGGUUUGGCUGGGCCUGAAGCUCUACAUCUAGCCCAUCUCCUGACGGAGCUGUUUCGAGAAUGGGUUUGCGGAGGCGGUCGUAAGUUUGGCGACGCCACUUCUACUUGGAACAAUUCCCUCUUCAGCAAUCGCCGUAGCGAUGGUAGUCGAGUUCGCGUCAACUUCGUUGGCCGCCUCGAAUUUCAAGACGGGAAGCGUCGGGAAAUCUCCCAGGACUACCACGGGCGUGCAGCGGUGCACUUGCAUGGUUUGGUUUUUGCCGAAGAAAUUGGACCUUCACAGCUUCACACGAAGAUCUGUGGGACUGUUCCACCGGAAGGUGAUUCUUUGCGAGGCUACGUGCUCGACGGGCAAGCUGGCCGCACGGGUAGUGGAUUGCCGAUUCAAGAGCAGGCGAGCUACUUUGAUCCUAUAGGAGAUGCCGUCCAUUUGGAGCACCGUCGUUUGGACAAGCACUUGGGCAUCCGAGGAUACAGCCCCGAGCUUCUCGAUGUGUUGAAGUGCCACCAAGAUGUGCAGGUGCAGCGAGGCACUGGGCUCAUGCUGAAAUACGCCGCAACCUACCUUCCAAAGUUCAGUGACGGUCCUGGAAAGGAGCUUAUGGACGACAGCAGUAGCGCCUACGCAGCCGCGAGACGUGUGCUCUUCACAUUCCAUCCCGGUGAGCCGGAGAUGUGGCUGCUGCUGGCGAGCCAGGCCUUCCCGAUGUUCUUCCUUGGUGGGACGAUGCGCCCAAUUAUCGCCCCGCAUCCCGGGAUGCCACGCAAGCCGGACUAUGUCCUGCAGUACGAGGCUGCUGGCUGGCGAGGAGAGAUGACGUUGCUCGAAUUCCUUCGAAAAGUGAAUGCCAAGGGCGCAAUUCUGGAACACAUCCGCAAGUCCCAUCCGGCCGCCAUUCGGUCCUACAUGGCUGUUCGAGCGCACCGAGAAGCAUUCAUCGAGACGGUGCUCAGCAUGGUCUCGGCUCAGGAAGGGUUCGUGCAGCAACACCUCGACGGGCAACUUGUGCUCCGUGCGAAUGCUGUGGUUCCUAUGCAAUUGAGCUACGCUGAUGCCGAUGCCGGCGAUGAGCUCCACUUCACUGCGCAGCAGACCCUGCUGGAGAACCACAUCAACCGUCGAGUCGACCAGGCGCUUCGUGUACGCUUGGCCGAGGACGACGUGGAGUAUGAACGCCUGCUCGGCCUUGCAGAAGAGCAUGGGGCCAUGGUGGCAGCUACUGGAGCACCGGGGACUGGUAAGUCGGCCGUCUUGGACCGUUGCAUUCGCCGGGCCGUUGGUUUGGGAGCUCGUGUCUUGGUGGCCUUGCCUACCGGUGUGCAAAGAGCUCGCAUGAAGCAGCGACACCCAAAUGUCGAGCUGGACACUUGCCACGGCGCUUUCCUUUUCCACAAGCCCCUGAACGAGUCGUUGGGCAUCCUGGCAGCGUACGACCUCAUUGUCAUUGAUGAAGCUUUCCAGCUAGUCGAAGAGCACUUUGGUCGCUUGGACCAGAUGUGGCUGGCAGCUGCUAAGGUGCCGUGUCUGGUGAUGGCGGGUGAUGAAUGGCAGCUUCCUCCGCCGGAUCGCAAUCAAAGAAAUCUCGCCCAGCACCCGAAGUGGAAGACAGUGUGCAAAGUGGAACUGCAUCAUGUUUGGCGACAAGAGAGUGGUGACCCCUUGCUGGGCAAGUUGAUGUAUCUACGCAAGAACCGUCCCAUGGGACAAGAAGGUAGCCAAGUGCUGCGUGAUCUUUGCCGCAAGCACAAGGCCUGGUCUGGUCACCAUGAGCCGACGACAGAAGACAUUCAGCGUCUUCUGGAGCGUACCAACGGCCAAACGACUGUCAUCACUUGUACUCGACGAGGCGCUGCCUUGAUCAAUGGACUCUGUUUGGAUGCCCUCUUCGGGCAACCCCGAACUGCAGUUCUAGGCAAGGUCCAAGCAGACUUUGAGUGCAACCCCGAGAAUUACGAUGACUGCGGCCAGCUCCUGGACAGACUGCCGAAGCCUUUGUCGUUGCCGCUCUACGUCGGUCUCAGGGUCCGACUGACGCGCAACGUCGACAAGCCCAACGAUUUCGUUAACGGCAUGUCCGCCGUGGUCCUGGACUUCGAUAGGCGCAAGCAGGCCAUUCAUGUGGAAACCGAGAGCAAGCAGCUCCUUUGUGUUUACCCCAUCACAACGGAUGACGUUCCGGGAGGGCGCUUGACCUAUUACCCAAUCAAAUUGGGCUAUGCCGACACGGUACACAAGUACCAAGGCGCCGAGCUUGUGCAUGUAACUUUCUGGCCUGACAGGCCUGGUUGCCCGGCCGCUGGCUAUGUGGCUCUCUCACGUGUACGACGAGAUGCCGACUAUCUGUUGGGCGGCUGCAUUAAGUCUGAGCACUUCGUCCCGGCCCGCUGA